UCGUUCAGUGUUUUAUUUCACGACGAAGCAUGAUUCUGUAAAACUCCAGUGGGCAGGGAAAACAUAGUGAAAUUGUACAUUUUCUAGUGCUUGUGGCGACCCGCGAACAGACAUUCGGACACGCGUGACGAUGGCCGAUAGUGUGGAGAGUGAAAAUGAUGUGGGCUUCCUCACGGGGCUCUUCUACGAGAUGUUCUUCAAUCCCGUCAACUUGUUCCUCGUCGGAGUCAUAUCGUUUCUGGCGUACAAAAUCUUCCGGAACACCACCCAGUCGGCGGCCGUCCGGACGCAACCUGUGGAGCCAGCGCUGCCGCGCCUCCGGCGGGACUUCACUGUGCAGGAGCUGCGGCCGUUCGACGGCAACCAGCCGGAUGGGCGCAUCCUCGUGGCCGUGAACGGGAAUGUGUACGACGUGACGAAGGGGAAGCGCUUCUACGGGCCAGGUGGACCUUAUGCGGCUUUCGGCGGCCGGGAUGCUUCCAGAGGUUUGGCUACAUUCAGUGUCACCAGCAAUGACAAUAAUGAAUACGAUGACCUCAGCGAUUUGAAUACAAUGGAAAUGGAUUCUGUCCGCGAAUGGGAAAUGCAGUUUAAAGAGCGAUACAUUUUCGUGGGGAAAUUGCUGAAGCCUGGCGAACAGCCGACCAACUAUUCGGACGAGGACGAGGAAGGUCCAUCGGACAAGUCGGCAGAGAAGCCGAAGGACGAGUGACGGUCAGAUGCUGAGCAGAGUGUAAAUCCCGCUGGGGCCCCAGCCCGCGGGGGCUCCGCAUGGGGAUCAAUUAAUUGUCAUCGUUUCUGUGAAUUGUUCGGGUUUGAUUGAAGAUUCUCAUGGGCAUGGCAGAGUGAGAGGACAUGAGAUCAAACUUCUGGUAUGAUAAAUAUAAGGAGGGAUCAGUUUUAUUUUUGAUUAAUUUACUAAAAAGACUCUCAAUCGUGCACUGGAUGCAUUCGAGCUUGCAAAUUGAUUAUAACUUACAAUGGAGAGAAGAAAAUUGAUUCCCGAGAUAUUCUUUCUGUGUCCUUCGUGAGGCAACAAAAAAAAAUCGUGGUGUACCAGACUUUUUUCCUUCUACACUUUGUUUUAAGACAUGAAUAUUUUGAAAA